AUGCUGAGUCCGACUGCAGAAGGAAGGGAGCGCAUUCUCCUGUUUAAGACCAGAGGAAGUCCUCAGAGACCAGAGGAAGUCCUCAGAGACCAGAGGAAGACCUCACAGAGCAGAGGAAGUCCUCACAGAGCAGAGGAAGUCCUCACAGACCAGAGGAAGUCCUCACAGAGCAGAGGAAGUCCUCACAGAGCAGAGGAAGUCCUCACAGAGCAGAGGAAGUCCUCACAGAACAGAGGAAGUCCUCAGAGACCAGAGGAAGUCAAACAUCUCUGUGGUCUUCACCUCAGUGUUGUGUUCUCUGAGGAUGAGUCUGUGAGUGUCUUCGUCAGCUCAAAGAGGUCAAAGUGUUAA